UUCAAGGACCAGAGGUAGCGGCCGGCUGCCUCAGGCAGGAGCUCUGGCCUCUCGCAGAAUAGGACUCGGAGGAACAGGUAACCUCGUUGCGGAAUCUCAUUGCUGCUCCUUGGGUCCAACAUCAACGGUGCCCCGUGCCAGCCGCCUAGAACUGCGCCAAAUUUUGGGCACCAGGAGUUGAGAACAAUGGCUCUACAGCGGAUUCAGAAAGAGCUUGCGGAUCUUGCUCAGAACCCCCCAGCCCAAUUCUCUGCGGGACCUAUGGGAGAUGAUCUGUUUGUAUGGCAGGCGACCAUCAUAGGACCCAAUGACACCCCGUACCAGGGCGGAGUGUUUUCCUUAAUCAUUGCGUUUCCUUCUAGUUACCCGAUCUUCCCACCCAGGGUAACAUUCACGACCCGAAUUUUCCAUCCGAAUAUUAGUAAACAUGGCACAAUCUGUCUAGAUAUCCUCGGGAACCAGUGGUCGCCAGCACUUACAAUUUCUAUGGUUCUCUUGUACAUCUAUAACGUGCUGUGCGAUCCCAACCCAAAUGAUUCCUUCCAUCCCGAGAUUGCCAAUCUCUACCUUAAGAAUAGGGCAGAGUAUGAAAGAAUAGCUCGGCGAUGGACUCAAAAGUAUGCCAUGUGAAAAUCCAGAGUCGAAUUUGAUUGCCAAAACAAUAAAGGCAAA